AUGAACAGCCACGUCAACGGAGGGAACUGGGCUGGCGAGUUCUUUCCUCGAGUGGCAAACGAGGGUUUUGCACUUUUCACUGUGGACAUCAUGGGCCAUGGAUACAGCGAGGGCACCCGAGCACUUAUAGAUGACUGGCACGAUGUCUUUGCAGACCUGGAAGCGUUAACGGAGGCCAUUUUCAACAUGUGGGAUGAGCCGCCAGGUGAGGAGGAAUUCAAUGCCGGCGUCCCGCCAGAGGUGCUUCAAAGAUUAAGACAGUUGCCUCUCUUCCUUCAUGGCUUAAGCAUGGGCGGGAUGAUUUGCCUACACUUGGGGCUGAGACUUCAACGGCACCCACGAAUACAAAGAAUAUUCAGAGGUGUUGUGUUUGGUUCGCCAGCGUUGGAAGUGCCAAUGCCACCGGAGGCAGUGUCAUGCCUUCUUCGCAACUUUGUUGUCCCAUGCUUUUCGCGCUACUCCAUGCCAGCAUUUCUGAGCUCCAGCAGCAAAGUUCAGUACAGCCACUCAUAUCUUCUCAGCGAUCCCAAGCAGAAGAUGUUUGCAGAGAUGGAGAUGCGUGACGACCCAGAACGGUUUCCUGGAGUAGGACUCGGUUGGCCGCGCAACAUGCGCUGGGGCACAGCCGGAGCCUUUUCCAAGAUCUUCUCAACCAUGGACAAGGAUAUGACAGAAGUAACGUUUCCCUUUGUGGUGAUUCACGACCCAGAGGACAACGUUUGCCUUAUCGAAGGCUCUGAGAAGCUUAUGGAACGCAGUCCAAGUGCGGACAAGAAGCUGUGCCGUAUGGAGACAGGUGGAUUCCAUGUCAUUACCUUUGUAGACCAAGAAAGAUACGUGGGACACCAGGCAUCCUGGAUGAAGCAGCAUUUACUCUGA